CAAUCGGUUUCAAUAUCCAUACAAGAUAUGGGCGACCCCCAGGGGGAGGGCCUUCUCUGUGGCAGCACCUGCCCUUUGGAACGACCUGCCCCCGGAGAUACUUAUGAUACCAGAUCUCCGGGCUUUUCGCCGUGCCCUAAAAACCUCUCUUUUUCACCAAGCAGGGCUGGCGUAACCCCCCCCCCUUUUUCUGAGAUGUUAGAUUUUUAAUUGUCUAUGGGUUUUAGUUGGGAUUUUAAAUUUAGGCCAAAAUUGUGUAAUUCUUUUAACAAGUUUUAAAUUUUGUAUUGGGAUGUUUUUAUUUUGGCUGUGCACCACACUGAGUCCAGUAGGAGAAGGGUGGUAUACAAAUUUAAUAAAAUAAAAUAAAUAAAUAAUACAGUGUACAAUACAGAAAAAUAUGCAUUCCGUUAAAUUUCAAAAAAAUAAUAAAAACCUUACAACUCCAGACAGGGAUUGGGGAAAAAAAAUCAGAUUUGCACUUUAAAAAUUUUUUUUACUGGAUACCUCCCAACAUCUUGGAGGACCUGGAUGGGGAGGGGGGAGGAAUUGCCUGAGGAGGCCUCUCUAGGGGGAAGCUCUCUGUGGUUGCAAUUUCCAAAGGCAUCCCAGAGGCGAGAAAGCCCCUCCUUUCCCUUCCUUUCUUUCCCUCAUUCCUAGUUGCAAAUUGGGGGGAAAAUCUUGCAAAGGUUUUAGAUGCUUUAGAUGCUUCUUAUUGGUUGUUCCUGCAGUCGCCUCUUUCUCCCUGCGGAGAUCUUUCUGCUGGUCCUUCCUGAUCAUUUCCUAUGAGAUUUUCUCUGGUGCAGUUUUGGGGUCCUGGAGCUGCUGUUUGGGGAAUCCCUCCCGAGGAUCCCUCCCAGAAGAGAUCACCAGAGACAAGAGCAUCAUCGAUGGUAUCUUGCAGAACAUCUAUUGUCUGUGGUGGAGGAAUAGCAGCAGUUAUGCUUUCAAGGAAGAAUUCCAUUUCUUUUGAAGAUGUAGCUGUGUUUUUCUCCAUGGAGGAAUGGGGCCUGUUGGACUUGAAGCAAAGAACCCUGUAUCGAGAAGUCAUGUUGGAAAACGCAAGGAACGUUGCCUCUUUAAGUGAUGAAUGGCAAAUGGAGGGUUCCGGACAAGAGGUAGCAGCACCUUUUCCAAAAGAAGAAAAAGAAGUUGUGAAAAGGUUGUUUGGAAAGGAAAGUUCUGAGGAAAACCAAUUAAAAGGGAGGCUGGAGAAAUGCUGUGUUGAUAUCAGUGUCUUCUUGGCUGAAGAUGAUCACCACGAAAAAGGAACGUGUCCAUCGUGUGGAAAAAUUCUUAGAGAUGAAUUGGAAUUAUGUGACUGUUCCAGUAGCCACACAGUAAAACAACAAAAUAAAAGCAGGAAACGCUUCAGAAGGACUAUUCCUCUUACCUUAAGUCAGGGCAUAAAAGUUGGAGAAAAACCAUAUAAAUGCCUGGAAUGCGGAAAGAGCUUCAGAGACUCAAGUUAUCUUACUUCCCAUAAAAGAAUCCACACAGGAGAGAAACCAUAUGAAUGCAAGGAAUGUGGAAAGAGAUUCCAUUUUGCCACAAGCCUCACUUCCCAUAAUAGGAGUCACACAGGUGAGAAACCUUAUGAAUGCCAGGACUGUGGAAAACGCUUCACUAUUUCUGGUUCUCUCAUUUACCAUAAAAGGAUCCACACCGGAGAGAAACCAUAUAAAUGCCAGGAAUGUGGAAAAUGCUUCACUAUCUCUGGUUCCCUCACUUCUCAUAAAAGAAUCCAUACUGGAGAAAAGCCGUAUCAAUGCCAGGAAUGUGGGAAGAGUUUCAGAUCUUCAGGUUUUCUUACUUCUCAUAAAAGGUUCCACACAGAGGAGAAACCAUAUAAAUGUACAGAGUGUGGAAAGUGCUUCACCAAUUCAGGUUCCCUCACUUGCCAUAAAAGAAUCCACACUGGGGAGAAACCAUACCAUUGCAAGAACUGCGGAAAGAGCUUCAGACAAAAAUAUCAUUAUACUGUACAUUACAGAAUCCAUACUGGGGAGAAACCAUAUAAAUGUCUGGAAUGUGAAAAGAGUUUCCGUUCUGGAAAACAUCUUAUUUCCCAUAAAAGAAUUCACACAGGGGAAAAACCAUAUAAAUGCCAGGAGUGUGGAAAGAGCUUCAAUGAUUCUCAAGAUCUUAUUGCUCAUAACAGGAUCCACACAGGAGAGAAACCAUAUAAGUGUAUGGAGUGUGGAAAGAGCUUCCGUUCUAAAAAACACCUUACUUAUCAUAAAAGGAUCCACAGAGGAGAUAAACCACACAAGUGUAUGGAGUGUGGAAAGAGCUUCCGUUCUAUAAAACACCUAACUUACCAUACAAGGAUUCAUACAGGGGAGAAACCAUAUAAAUGCCAGGAGUGUGGAAAAUGCUUCACUAUGCCAGGGUCCCUCACUUCCCAUAAAAGGAUUCAUAGUGGGGAAAAGCCAUAUAAAUGUACAGAGUGUGGAAAGUGUUUCAUAGGUUCAAGUUUUCUGACUUCCCAUAAAAGGUUCCACACUGAGGAGAAACCAUAUAAAUGCACCGAGUGUGGAAAGUGCUUCACUUAUUCAGGUUCUCUCACUUCCCAUAAAAAGAUCCACACUGGGGAGAAACCAUACGAGUGCAGGGAAUGUGGAAAGAACUUCAGUCAAAAAUAUAAUUAUACUGUACAUAACAGAAUCCACACCGGAGAGAAACCAUAUAUAUGCACAGUGUGUGGAAAGAGCUUCCGCAAGAGUAUCAAUCUUAAUUCCCAUAAAAGGAUACACACUGGGGAGAAACCUUAUAAAUGUAUGGAGUGCGGAAAAGGUUUCAUAAGCAGCAGUACGCUUAGUCACCACAGGAGGAUCCACACAGGGGAGAAAUCGUACAAAUGCGAUGAAUGUGGAAAAUGCUUCUCUAAUUCAAGUUCCCUUGUUUCCCACAAAAGGAUCCACACAGGGGAAAAACGAUACAAAUGCGAUGAAUGUGGGAAAUGCUUCACUAAUUCAAGUUCCCUGACUUCCCAUAAAAGAAUCCACACAGGGGAGAAACCAUAUAAGUGUGUGGAAUGCAAAAAGAGUUUCACAACCAGCAGUCACCUCAGUCGUCACAAGAGGAUCCACACAGGGGAGAAACCAUAUAAAUGCAGUGACUGUGGAAAAUGCUUCAGACAAAUUAGUGCACUUAAUACUCAUAGAAAGAUUCACUCAGGAGAGAAAUCAGGUAAGCGUGUAGACCGUGGGAAGAGUUUCCGUAAUAGCAGAAGCGUCAUAUGAUUCUAUUAUAAAACCAUAGAAAUGUAUGGAAUGUGGAAAUGGCUAUAGUAAGACCCCCAGUUUGCUUCUGAUAGUUUACACAGUGAGAAACCAUCUAAGUUUGCUAAUUGUGGAAAGAGUUUCUGCGGUAGCAGAAUUGUUCUUUCUCAGAAAUGCAUCCAUCCCGGAGAGAAUCCAUAUAAAUGCCCGGAGCAUGGAAAAAAGUUCAGACUGAGCAGUUGCCACAAGAGAAUCCACAUUGGUGAGAAAUUAUAAAUGUAUGAUGUGUGGAAAGGGAUUUGCUGUCCCAAAGGUGCUUUUUCAAGAGGCAACUGGACUUUGGGUUUUUUUGGAAGAUGUUUCGCUUCUCAUCCAAGAAGCUUCUUCAGCUCUGAAGAGCUUCUUAGAUGAGAAGCGAAACGUCUUCAAAGGAAAAAAACAACAACAAAGUCCAGUUGCCUCUUGAAAAAAGCACCUUUGGGACAAUCAUGACCUGGAUGACUGGGAAUUUCCAUAGACAAAGGGAUUUGCUCAAUCUCAGUCCUUUUAUGGGCAUAGGAAAAUUAAUUCAUGAGAAACCGUUAAAAGUAAUAGAACUACCUAAAUGUAUUGUGUGACAAAAAUUUUGGAGACUAUAGGUAGUCUGCAAUUAUCGCAAUUGAAACUGACAACUCCAGCACUAAACAACACUUGUCACCAAACAAAGUAUCGUGUCUGUGCUGGACUGAUGUCAGUCACUCCACUGUGGUGGUGAAGCAAAUAAAGGUGGGUUAAGUAUGACAUCACACGAUCAUGUCUUUCGAUUUACUGCCAGCUUCCCAUUGACUCUGCUUCUCAGAAGCUGGCUGUGAAGCUGGCUGCAUUAGACCACAAGAAUGAUGCAACAGCCCUACAUUCAAGAACUGGUUGCAAAUGUACUUUUUCAGCAUUGUCAUUACUUUGAACAGUUGCUUGCACUCAGCAAGAGAAAACAACUUGCAUAACACUCAUGCUAUCCCUGUUGUACAGACUACUCAGUACAAGGGCUGUUGGUGGUGUAUUUACUCUUCCUUGCUGUCUUGGGAUGAAGAAAACACCAUGCUGGUGGUUCCAAGGUAACCUUGGUUUUGCUGUCACCAUGUAACUAACUAAAUAAAUAAACUUUACUAAAUAAAGAUAUAUCUUUUGA